AUGCCGCCCAGGACCCGCGAACACAACCCCCAUUAUGGGGGCCGUCAGAGUCCCAUCAAUAAUAGAAACUCGCCAUCGCCAAUUCUGACCGAGGAUGACGAUGGGGACGAGGACACAAUCUCACAGGAGGAUGAGGAUGAUGAGGACGAAGAUGAGGAUGAAGAGGAAGACGAGGAUGAGGAUGAGGACGAGGAGGAUGAGGAAGACGAUGACGACGAACAAGAAACCACCGGUGGAAGCAGCAUCAUCACAGUGCCUGAGGCAUCACUGGAGGGGUUAAAGGAGAUCGGGAACCUUGCCUCUUGGACUGUCUCUACCGCCAAGCCUGGAAAUGGCGUGGAACAACUGAGAGAUGAGGAUACAAAUCUCUUCUGGCAGUCUGAUGGCCCUCAACCACAUAUGAUUAAUAUUCACUUCGCUAAACGAGUAUUCGUUAAGCGUAUCCGGAUGUUUCUUGAUUUUGAGAAUGAUGAGUCGUAUACUCCGACAAAAAUCUCAAUCAUGUCCGGAACCGGAUAUCAUGAUUUGCAAGAAGUCACCACUAUGAACUUUGAACAGCCGAGUGGCUGGAUCGAUGUUCCGUUAGAAGGUGUUCAUAAGGAUGGACAGCUUCGAACUUUCCUUAUUCAAGUUUGCAUUCAUGCGAACCAUCAAAAUGGAAAAGAUACCCAUGUUCGUGGGCUGCAGAUAUUCUCUCUGGAACCUCCAAGUGUCGACCAAGAGGAAAUUCCUUUUAUGUCAGGUAAAAUGAUAUCAGAGUUAGAAUUGAGAUAG